AUGAUUUCAUUUUUGCUUUCAGUAUCAACUUCGAGUCCUGAUAAAAAAGGAAUAUUUAACAAAGUCUAUAAUGAUAAAAUAGUAAUUAUUGAUGCCAGUGGAUCAUCGAGACAGUACAUUAACGGUUCAAAGCAGCUAACUAAACCCGAAUACGCAAUUUAUCCAUGGGAUAAACGCUACGAUUGGUGUUCCAACUGUGGGCAUUCAUACGAAGAACAUCCAUUUAUUCAAUUCUCUUUGAAAGACCGAAAAUUCAGUUUCAACGGAUAUUUUAUUCGAUGCGGCUGCUGCUACGACGAUGGAUGCUGCUGUGACGACGAAUAUUAUGGCAGGUGCUUCGAUUGCUGCCUAUACUCCUGGUCAUUACAGAUCUCAGACGACAAUAAAACAUGGAAAACGGUUCAUAAAAUUGAAAAAGACAAUGAGAUGAGGUAUUGCAACGAGAAAGAAUAUAAAUUAGAUAAUACUUAUACUGGAAAAUACGUACGGCUUAUACAGAACGAUGCCUGCCCUGGAUAUCCUCCUUGCAUCGCUAUUAACAAAUUUGAUUUGUACGGAGAUGUUAUUGGCGUAGAAUCAAAAGAUGAAGACUUCGUUUCAUAUCAUGAUGACGAUGAUGACGUAAGUAUUAUUGGCCAUAUUUCGAAGAAUGGAAAUGUAAAGAUUGAAUAA